GGGAGACCAUCUUGAUAAGAGAAGAACCCAUUAGAGACAGAGAGAUAGGGAUGCCUUGUAGAAUGAGCAAAACAUCCUCUGUUUCUCCUGUCCUUGUCCCUUUUCCUUAGAUCUUAAAGGUUUUCCACAUUUCUUAUCAUCUGGGUCCUCUCCAAGAUGGAGCAAAAGAUGGAAUCUUUAUCGGAUCUAGGAAAGCUCUUCAUUGGCGGGAUCUCAUGGGACACAGAUGAAGAACGACUCCAAGAGUAUUUCAGCAAGUAUGGUGAUUUACUCGAGUCUGUGAUCAUGCGUGACCGUGCCACGGGACGUGCACGUGGCUUUGGUUUCAUCGUCUUCGCAGAUCCUUCUGUUGCAGAGAGAGUCAUCAUGGAGAAACACAUCAUCGAUGGCCGCACGGUUGAGGCGAAGAAAGCUGUUCCACGGGAUGAUCAGCAAGUGCUGAAACGGCAUGCUAGUCCAAUGAAACUUAUCUCACCUAACCAUGGUGGUGGUAAUGGUGGCAGCGUUAGAACAAAGAAGAUCUUUGUUGGUGGUUUACCAUCGAGCAUUACGGAGGCUGAGUUUAAAAACUACUUUGAUCAGUUUGGUACAGUUGCUGAUGUUGUGGUGAUGUAUGAUCACAACACGCAGAGGCCACGUGGCUUUGGGUUCAUCACUUUUGAUUCCGAAGAGUCUGUGGAGAUGGUUCUUCACAAGAGUUUUCACGAACUUAACGGUAAAAUGGUUGAGGUUAAAAGAGCAGUGCCAAAGGAGUCUUCCCAAGCUCCUGUUGCUAACCGAAGUCCGGUUCUUGGGUUUGGUAAUAACUAUGGAGUAGUCUCUAAUAGGUCUUCUGGUAGUAAUAGCUACUUUAAUAGUUUUGCUCCUGGUUAUAGUAACAACAUAGUCCCUGCUGGUUCUAGAAUUAGUCCUAUUGGUAGCGGUAGAAAUGCUUUCUCUAGCUUUGGUUUUGGUUUGAAUCAAGAACAGUGUUUGAAUGGAAACACUAUUGGUUAUAGCCGGGUUCCAGGCAACCAAUACUUCAACAAUGCUUCACCAAACCGUUACAACUCUCCAAUCGGAUUCAGUAGAGGCGACUCUGCUUACAACUCGAGCAAUAGUGACUUGUGGGGAAACAGAACAGACUCUUCUGGUCCAGGUUGGAACUUGGGUGUCUCUGUUGGUAACAAGAGAGGAAACUGGGGACUUAACUUUGAGACGGGCUCUGGACUUUCUGCGUUAUCAUUCUCUGGUAACACCAAUACAAAUGGUUUUGAUGGCUCUAUAGGGGAAUUGUACAGAGGCAGCUCGGUGUAUAGCGACUCAACGUGGCAGCAGAGGAUGCCUCAUCAACCUUCUAAUGAGUUAGAUGGCUCUUUUGGGUUUGGUAUUGACAAUGUAGGCUCAGACUACCCAUCUGCUAAUGCCUCUGAAGAUUACCCUGGAAGCUACAGUGUUGGAGGAAAUAGACAAACAAAUAGAGCUAUGUCGGCCGAUGAUUCUUCAAAAGCUAUUGAUAUCGACGGGAAGCUCGACUCCAAUUCACACCUUAACUCUGACGGUGACGAUGCGGCGGAUAAUGAUUCCUCAAAGGCAUUGACUAUUCCUGCUCCCGCCGUUUGUCUUGUCCGGUUCGCCGGAGAUGCAGCUGGUGGUGCCGUCAUGGGCUCUAUCUUUGGAUAUGGUUCAGGAUUGUUCAAGAAGAAAGGCUUUAAAGGAUCAUUUGCAGAUGCAGGGCAGUCUGCAAAGACUUUUGCUGUUUUGUCCGGAGUACACAGUUUGGUUGUUUGUCUUCUGAAACAACUGCGAGGGAAAGAUGACGCCAUUAAUGUUGGAGUUGCUGGGUGCUGCACCGGUCUUGCUCUUAGUUUCCCUGGUGCUCCACAGGCUCUUCUACAGAGUUGCGUCACUUUUGGGGCUUUCUCCUUUAUCCUUGAGGGACUAAACAAGAGACAAACAGCUUUGGCUCACUCUGUCUCCUUGAGACACCAAAUCGGAAAAUUUGAAGAUCAUCAACGUGCUUCACCACUCUCCCUUGCACUCCCGAUCCAUGAAGAAAUCAGAGGAGCCUUCUCUUCUUUCUGCAAGUCCUUAUCUAAACCCAAGAAGAUCUAGUUUUCCCAUGAUUCUCCUUUCGUUGUACCUUAGGUUCUCUCUGUAGAUUUUGAAUCAUUCCCUGCUUUCGCUGUACUUUGUGAGAGAAUGUUUUAUUAAAGGUCUCUGAUGUACUUUAUGUACCCGUUUGCUCCAUUAAUACAAUCUUUUGUUCCAGAGAAAAGUUUCCAAAGUUGGAGAGUACAUAUAUAGUAAAAGUACUCAAAAAGAAAUGGCUCUGUUGUUAUGCUGACAUAAUCUGAAACUUUGAAAGUCACUUGCCUUGUUUCUGCCUGAGGCGUUCUUUGACAAAAUCAUUACGGGCUUUAGUACGAGCUUGCUGAGGAGCAACGUUGAGAUACGAGAGAUGGAUUCCAACGGCGAAAAGAGCUGCCCCUGAGGCGAAAAACGCCACCGUCACCGCCAGUUUUCUUGGUGAUGAUGGAUAGCAAAAGGACAUUCUCAAAUGCAGCUAAUCCAGACCAGAUGGAUUAAUCAACUCUUCG